CAGAGGUGAUAGCAGUGCAGGUUGCAGUGUGCAGAGGUGAUAGCAGUGCAGUGAGCAGGGGGAGGGGGUGUCUGCAGGCAAUGAGCCCCCGGGAUAGGUGCGUCCUGCUGGGAGUUGUGCCCCCGGUAUAGGUGCGUCCUGCUGGGAGUUGUGCCCUGGCUGCUGUUAAGGAGCUCAGGAAGGGGAGAGAUUUGCACAAUAUGGGCAAUUUGGCUUUGGAACUUGUAGGGAAUUGCAGCAUGCUGGGAGGUGUAGUUCUCCAGCAGCUGCAGAGCCUCUGAUAGACAAAGGUAGUUUUUUAAUGUGCAUUCCCUGAGUGUGGCUGGAUUUCUCAGCCUGCCCCCUCUUAGGGUGCAGUCCUGGGGAUAUUACCCCUGUCCUGAUGAGGACCUCUCCAUUGCUGGGAGGGGGCUCUGGCCCUGGGGGUGCGGCCAUGCAGCAAGGAAAACAUUUCUCCUGGGCUCUGGGUCCUCCCACUUGCAAACAAAAACUUUUAUUCUGGGAGGGCUGGCAGCAGAGGAGCAGGCUGCCAGUGUGUGAGUUGCUGGGGGCGAGAAGGGCCCUGGGUCUCCCCCUGGUCUCUGGAGCUGUGGCCCUUCUGGAGUUGGGAUGUGACCAGGUCUGGCUGUGCCAUGUAUUGGAAGAGUGAUCAGAUGUUUCUAUGUAAGCUGGAAGAGAAGGAUUUUCCUGCAGUGCCAUCUGACAAGGGAAGGGCCCCUAUGUCCGAGGAGUGCGGGGGAGCAGCGCUGAGUAUGGGCAGGAGCCGCAAGAGCGAGGGGAGCCUGCUCCAAGGAAGUCCUGGAGCUGCGCUGGAUGAAGACUCUUGCUCGUCAGCUCCUCUGUCCCCGGUGUCGUCGUCUUCUCCUCACUCCAUGCCAGCCGCCGGCCUCACUCAAGGGAAAAGCGUCUGCACCAGCUGCGGAAUGGAGAUUGUAGACAAGUACCUGCUGAAGGUGAACGAUCUGUCUUGGCACGUCCGCUGUCUGUCCUGUAGCGUGUGUCGGACUUCGCUGGGAAGGCAUACUAGCUGCUACAUCAAAGACAAAGACAUUUUCUGCAAGCUCGAUUAUUUUAGGCGAUACGGAACCCGAUGCUCGCGUUGUGGCCGGCACAUCCACUCCACGGACUGGGUGAGGCGGGCGAAAGGCAACGUGUAUCACCUGGCGUGCUUCGCCUGUUACUCCUGCAAGAGGCAGCUUUCCACGGGAGAAGAGUUUGCGCUGGUGGAGGAGAAAGUGCUCUGCCGCGUGCAUUACGACUGCAUGCUGGAUAAUCUGAAGAGGGCAGUGGAAAAUGGGAACCGUGUUAGUGUGGAAGGGGCGCUGUUGACGGAGCAAGAUAUUAAUCAGCCUAAGCCAGCUAAAAGGGCUCGAACUAGCUUCACUGCAGAUCAGCUCCAAGUUAUGCAAGCACAAUUUGCGCAAGACAACAACCCAGAUGCACAAACACUACAGAAACUGUCGGAAAGGACAGGUCUAAGCCGGCGCGUGAUACAGGUCUGGUUCCAGAACUGCCGAGCACGCCACAAGAAGCACGUCAGUCCCACGCAUUCCUCAACUGCGCCCAUUACAGCCAUACAAUCCUCAAGACUUUCUCCGCCAUUGAUGGAGGAAAUGACCUACUCCGCAUACGUACCUCAGGAUGGGCCCAUGCUAACCGCGCUACACAGUUACAUGGAUGCUCAUUCUCCGACUGCGCUCGGUCUCCAGUCUCUGCUACCGCACUCCAUGGCACAGCUACCUAUAAGUCACGCAUAAUUUUUUUUUCUUUUUUUCUCUUCCAAGAAUGUAAAUGUUUGGGUAAAACGGAGUCAUUUAUUGUGUAUAAAAUAUAAUGGAGAU